AUGCUGCUGGCCCAGCUCACCAUCUUCUACCUCUCCACCAAGACCAUCGUUUCCAGUUUCGACUUCCCAAUUCUCAACAUCUCCAUCCUCGUCAACGACACUACACGGCCCCCGUCUUCUCUUCCAUCCGCCCAGGCCCGUUCUCAGCCCAAGCCACACAUCAUCAGCAAGCAACGGAUACCAAAGACGAAGAAGCCAAGAUGCAACAUCACCCCCAAGAUCAACGAGCUAUCGUCUCCUGGUCUCCAGUGUGCAACUAUGUAA